AAGCAAAAACCCUAAAAAUAAAGUUAUUCCUUCCGUUUAGCGGACAGCCUCUCUUCAUCUUCUCUUAUUCUUCGCGAUCUCUCUGCCUCUCGUGACUCACUGACUCGUCUCUUCCAGUCUUCCUCUUUGCCGUCGACUACCCCUCAGCUCAAAGUUCGUCUUUCCGCCGGCGACGGUCAGUUUCAAUCCCCAGGCUCUCUGUUCGUCUUUUCCCUUUUUCAUUCUUUGUCAUAGAUCCCUCUCUACCCCUAACCAAUUUUGUGCUCGUAACUUGUUUAAUUUUCUGGCUUUCAGUAUUGAUAAAUUGUGACCAUCUGGAUUAUUAUUAUUAUUAUUAUUAUUUUAGUUGAUGUUUGUAUUUGAUUCAGGCGGAUGGACUGUUCGCGGAUUUAACUUUUUCUAUUUAGAUUAUUUGAGAGGCGUUGGUUGCUAACUUUUAGCUAAUCACAUUAUUUUAGUAGGUUCUUUCUCUCUCGCUACAAAGGUAUCUGUGGCAUUGAAGAAGAAAUGGGGAGGGGAUAGAGUGGUUCUCUGGUUAAGUUUAUUUUUCCAUGUUUCAAGUUUGGAAUUGAGUAAUUGUUUCCACGAAUUUGAGAAUUUCGAGGGUUAACGUUCGGGUUGGACAGAAGAGGAGAGGGGAUAGAAUGGAAAAGAGAGAGUGGCAGUUUACCAUAAAUAAUCUACAAUCUCAAUAUAUAGACAUAUGAUUGCUAACUGAGCAUCUACAAGACCCAGAUUAUCAAUAGGCUUUCCCCAUACUUGGAACGAUGUUGCUAGGAUUAUUGUUUUUACUUUUUCUAAGCUUCUAGGGUUUGAAUGUCACAUGAAAACCUGGGGAAUUUGAGUCGCUUCUCAAACCUCAGCCGCUUUUCCAUUUUAGUUUUUAAUGUAUUUGAAAUGGUAGAAGAUUCUUUCAGCAAGAGUUAGUUUUGUUAGAUUCACAAAAUUAGCUAGCAGUUAAAAGGCAUGACCACCUUCUCUGGUUGCUCCUAUUUUCUCUCACUUGUUCUAAGUGCCUAUUUAAAAGGUAUUUGUUUGUUAUCGUUAUUGUUCAUGCUUUAGCAUUGCAGUAUGAAUAAUCCAUUUUGGAUCCUGGCUUCCACCUUUCCUUCUAUAUUUUCUGUUAUGCAAAAAAGGUUAGAGAUUGCUGCAAUUUGUUUGCAUCCAUCUAGAUAGAGUCCUUGUUCUUGGAUGUGACAUUUUUGAUAGGUUCCAGUUCAAUGGGAAGGAACCGGAUGGUCAUAGAAAAGCCAUGGGAUGAGAUCCUUGAACAUGAGAAUGGAUAAGUGGUGGAAAAAGUAUAAAGGCAAAGCACAAAUAUUUGCAUUCAUUGGAACCAUGGCGGACGAAGUUCAGAAUGAUGUGACCGAUCAGGUGGCAGAUAUUGCCCCCUUUGAUCCAACUAAGAAGAAGAAGAAGAAGAAAGUUGUACUUCAGGAUCCUACUGAUGAGAUUGUUGACAAGUUAGCAGAGAAAACUGAAAGUUUGUCAGUUUCUGAUGGUUUGGAGACUACAACAUUUUCUGGACUUAAAAAGAAGAAGAAAAAACCAGUAGAGGCGAGCUCCUUGAAUGAAGAUAGUGCAGAUGCUACGGAAGAUUUGGAAGAUCAAGCGGGGGAAAUUGAAGAUCGUGAGGGAAUUGUUCUACAGUAUCGUUAUCCUUGGGAGGGAACUGAUCGCGAUUAUGAAUACGAGGAGCUUCUUGGACGGGUAUUUAACAUUCUUAGAGAGAAUAAUCCAGAGCUUGCAGGUGAUAGGCGUAGAACAGUUAUGAGGCCUCCUCAAGUUCUUCGUGAAGGCACAAAGAAAACUGUUUUUGUUAAUUUCAUGGAUCUAUGUAAGACGAUGCAUCGGCAGCCAGACCAUGUUAUGGCUUUCUUACUAGCUGAACUGGGAACCAGUGGCUCUCUUGAUGGACAGCAGAGACUAGUUGUUAAAGGAAGGUUUGCACCAAAGAACUUUGAAGGAAUUCUGCGUCGAUAUGUCAAUGAAUAUGUGAUUUGCAUUGGGUGCAAGAGUCCAGAUACUAUCCUUUCAAAGGAGAACCGGCUUUUCUUUCUCAGAUGCGAGAAGUGUGGUUCUGGACGGUCAGUUGCUCCAAUUAAAGCUGGGUUUGUCGCACGUGUUGGGCGGAGGAACACUGGGACAUGAUAUGUGCUUGUUCCUUUAUAUUGAAGCUCGAUGUUUUGAGUAGUAAUAAUCUCGUGUUAAAACUUUAUGACCACAAGUGAAUUUUGAAGUGAAUGCUAUAUUGUAGUUGGGAGUCUAGAAUUUAAGAUAAUGAGGAGCUAUGAGAAUUGAGGUCUCUUUAUUUUCUCUCUAUAUCCACGUGGCAUGCUAGUUGCUCAUACUGAGCCUUUCUAAUAUUCCACUUCUUUUUCCCCCCUCUUAA